UCAUUUUCUCUCACUCUCUCGUUUGCAUUUUAAUUUUAUAUGUUCAGGUGAUUUUCUUCUUUUCUCUCUUAAAUAAAUUGCGUUUUCGGUGGUGGCUGCUCUCAGAUCUUUCCGAGAAAUCUCAGCAUCAAUCCAUAUAUAUAGAGAGGUAGAUCUGUGAAUCUGCAAAAAAACCAGAGAUCCGAGAAUGGACAACGGAGACAUUGAAAACGCGGAAGACGAGUUCGGCGGGCAAAGCGGACGCAAAUACAGACCAGUCGUCUCGCAUGACCGCGCUGUUCUCCAAAUGUCCUCUUUGGAUUCCGGAUCUUCCUCUUCUCUCCCCGUCCCUCAAUCACCUUUCACGAACCUUAAAAUAAGCAUGCAGGGAAACAUGAGUUCUGAUGCAAGAGAAGAGUCAUCUACUAAUCAUGAAGAACUCAAUGGUUCUGAAAGAGAAUCCAAAUUGGAAUUGUUCGGUUUUGACUCUCUUGUUAAUAUUCUAGGUCUUAAGAGUAUGACAGGGGAGGCAAUUGCAGCUCCUUCGAGUCCUAGAGAUGGCGAGGAUGUUUCUAUUACACCUGGGCGUUCCAAGGCUAAUGAUCUCAAAUUAGGGACAUUGAUGGGAGUAUUUGUGCCGUGCUUGCAAAACAUUUUAGGAAUUAUCUACUAUAUACGAUUUUCUUGGAUCGUUGGUAUGGCAGGCAUUGGUCAGUCGCUUUUGCUGGUGUCCUUUUGUGGUUUGUGUACUUUCCUGACUUCGAUAUCAUUGAGUGCUAUCGCAACUAAUGGUGCAAUGAAGGGUGGGGGGCCAUAUUAUCUCAUUGGUCGUGCCCUUGGUCCAGAAGUUGGAGUUAGCAUUGGACUAUGUUUCUUCCUUGGGAAUGCAGUAGCUGGAUCUCUUUAUGUGCUGGGAGCUGUAGAAACCUUCUUAGAUGCCUUGCCAGGUGCUGGGAUUUUUGGAGAGGUUGUCACAAAAGUUAAUGGCACAGAAGCUGCAGUGGCCGUUCCAAGUCCAAAUUUGCAUGACCUGCAAGUCUAUGGGAUAGUUGUGACGAUAAUCCUAUGCUUUAUUGUGUUUGGUGGUGUUAAGAUGAUCAAUCGGGUUGCACCUGCUUUCCUUAUACCUGUUUUAUUCUCCUUGUUCUGCAUAUUUGUUGGGGCUGUUUUGGCAAGAAAGGAUCACCCUGCUGUUGGAGUCACUGGCUUGAGUUUGAAAUCCUUAAAAGAUAAUUGGAGCUCGAGUUAUCAAAAUACUAAUAAUGCUGGAAUACCUGAUCCUGAUGGAGCUGUAAGCUGGAAUUUCAAUGCACUGGUCGGUCUAUUUUUCCCUGCUGUAACGGGAAUUAUGGCAGGUUCAAAUCGCUCUGCUUCAUUGAGAGACACUCAACGUUCAAUUCCUGUUGGAACAUUGGCUGCGACUCUUUCUACUUCUGCAAUGUACCUAUUUUCUGUGCUUUUAUUUGGAUCUCUAGCAACAAGGGAGAAACUUUUGACAGACAGGCUACUAACUGCUACAAUUGCUUGGCCUUUACCGGCAAUUAUUUACAUUGGAAUUAUCCUUUCAACCUUAGGGGCGGCUCUUCAAAGCCUUACAGGUGCUCCACGGCUGCUUGCAGCAAUAGCCAAUGAUGAUAUCCUUCCUGUUCUUCAUUACUUCAGAGUUGCUGAAGGGAGUGAACCUCAUAUUGCAACCCUCUUUACUGCAUUAAUCUGUAUUGGGUGUGUCAUAAUCGGGAAUCUGGAUCUUAUCACACCAACAAUUACCAUGUUUUUCCUUUUGUGUUAUGCUGGUGUGAACUUGUCUUGCUUCCUUCUGGAUCUUCUAGAUGCUCCCAGUUGGCGUCCACGAUGGAAAUUUCACCACUGGAGCCUCUCUCUUCUUGGAGCAGUUCUUUGUAUAGUGAUCAUGUUCUUGAUAUCUUGGUCAUUUACUGUGGUGUCCCUAGCCCUUGCAAGUCUCAUAUAUUAUUAUGUAUGCAUCAAAGGGAAGGCUGGGGACUGGGGUGAUGGCUUCAAGAGUGCAUAUUUCCAACUAGCCCUUCGUAGUCUUCGAUCACUGGGGGCAAGCCAAGUGCACCCAAAGAACUGGUAUCCUAUUCCCCUCAUAUUCUGCCGGCCAUGGGGGAAGCUGCCAGAGAAUGUGCCCUGCCACCCUAAAUUAGCUGACUUUGCUAACUGCAUGAAGAAAAAGGGUCGUGGAAUGUCCAUUUUUGUCUCUAUUUUAGAUGGAGAUUACCAUGAGUGUGCAGAAGAUGCCAAGACAGCCUGCAGGCAGCUGAGUACCUACAUUGACUAUAAGCGCUGUGAAGGUGUUGCAGAGAUAGUUGUGGCCCCCAGUAUGUCAGAUGGCUUCCGUGGCAUUGUCCAAACUAUGGGCCUAGGCAAUCUUAAGCCGAACAUUGUGGUCAUGCGAUACCCUGAAAUAUGGCGUCGGGAAAACCUAAUUGAAAUCCCAGCUACCUUUGUUGGCAUAAUUAAUGACUGCAUUGUUGCAAACAAGGCAGUUGUGAUCGUCAAGGGCCUUGAUGAAUGGCCCAAUGAGUAUCAAAGGCAGUAUGGUACUAUUGAUCUGUAUUGGAUUGUGAGAGAUGGGGGCCUUAUGCUUCUCCUCUCCCAGCUCCUCCUUACCAAGGAGAGCUUUGAGAGUUGUAAGAUUCAGGUCUUCUGCAUUGCGGAGGAGGAUUCUGAUGCAGAGGAGCUCAAGGCUGAUGUCAAGAAGUUUUUGUAUGAUCUUCGCAUGCAUGCUGAAGUGAUUGUUAUAUCGAUGAAAUCAUGGGACGCCCAAGGAGAAGGAGUGUCCCAGCAAGAUGAAUCAAUAGAGGCAUUCACGGGUGCUCAGCGGCGGAUUGCUGGUUACUUGAGUGAGAUGAAGGAGGCAGCUAAGAGGGAAGGAACUCCACUGAUGGCUGAUGGGAAAUCUGUGGUUGUGAAUGAGCAACAGGUGGAGAAAUUUCUUUACACAACACUGAAGCUUAAUUCGACAAUACUUAGAUACUCAAGAAUGGCUGCAGUCGUGCUUGUGAGCUUACCACCACCACCUCUCAACCACCCAGCGUAUUUCUACAUGGAGUAUAUGGAUCUUUUGGUAGAGAAUGUACCUAGGCUUUUGAUGGUAAGGGGAUACCGUAGAGAUGUUGUCACCCUUUUCACAUAGUUGCCUGCAGAGUGCAUCCUAGCAUGGUAAUUGCCCUUUUUCUUACUUACCCUGUUGUUCAUAUGUUUUUGUCUUACCUUUUUUUUAAUGCUUGUAGCUUAUAUGUUCAGAUUCAUUCUUUGACAACUGCUCUUGCUAAAGGCAGGAUUUUCCCCUUUUUUUUUGAUAGAAAAUUUUCAAAUUAAACAGCCCUUUUGGGAUGUACUUUUAAGUUCUAUUUUAUUAUAUUCAGGCUACAUUCAACUCCCUGUAUUGUUUUUCUGGUAUUUGAAGUUGUGAUAUCGUUUGGAAA